GAAGAUUUCAAGUGGUCGUCAGAACUAGAAGGAACAAUUUUAGCCGCGUAUAAUUUUGGUUUCAUAGCAUCACCAAUACUUGGUGGCUACAUAGCUGGACAUUUCGGAGGGAAACGUGUAAUAGCAUUAUCAUUACUUAUUGGUUCAUUAACAACCAUUUUAACUCCAGUGGCAGCACGUGCUAAUGAUGCCUUAUUAAUAUUCAUGAGAGCAUUGGCUGGUCUUGUCAUGGGAGCAGUAGAUCCAGCAAUACAAGCUCUAUGGUCCCAAUGGGCACCGAAAUAUGAGAAAACACAACUUACAGCUUUAUCUUAUUCAGGACUAAGUAUAGCCGGGAUAACAACAUUUCUAGUUUCUGGUUACUUAUGUACAAUUCCAUUAGAUCAUGGGUGGCCUUUUAUAUUUUAUGUUUUUGGUGGGUUUGCUCUACUACUAGUUUUUCCAUGGUUAUAUUUUGUGUACGAUUCCCCAGAUGUACAUCCUCGUAUUGAAAUGGGCGAGAUUAAACAUACACAUAAUGGAAAAACAACCUCAUCAAACAAAAAAAUUCAUCCACCAUGGGGUAAAAUCUUGACAUCAAUGGCAUUUUGGGCAAUAAUAGUGGCCCAUAUCACAUAUUCCUGGGUGACAUCAUGGGUCUUGGCAUACUUACCAAAAUACAUGAAAAAUAUUCUUAAAUUUGACGUAGAAGAGGAUGGUAUAGCAUCGUCCAUGCCGUUUGUAGGUCGACUAUUAUCAGGUUAUUUAUGUGGCUAUAUAUCAGAUUGCUUAUUAAAAAGAUAUGUUUUUAAAACUGCAACAGUACGUAAAAUGUUCCAAGUUGUUGGCUGUUUUGGUUGUGCAGGAUGUACCCUAGCUAUCAGUUUUCUAGGUGUUGAAAAUCGUAUCCUAUGUGUAGUCUUGUUAGUGCUGGGAUUAACAUUCCAGAAUUUUACCUCAGUGGCUUUUCGUAUAAACCAUCUAGAUAUAGCACCUAGGUUUGCCGGAGUAUUAAUGGGCGUGACAGUAACAGUUGCUAUGUUAUCAGCUCUUUCAGCACCAUUUAUAACAUCAGCUAUUAUAGUCGAGGACACACCAGAAGAAUGGAAAUAUGUGUUUUGGGUAGUGGCGGGGCUUAACAUAGUUGGUGCCGUUUUCUUUGUUAUGUUUGCACAAGGCGAAGUCCAACCGUGGGCAGAAUGUUCAGAUGUUAAGGUUGUCGAGCUGUCAGCAGAAUCCAAUAAUAAUAGUCCCAACGUUAUCAAACACUUAAAUUCAGAUCUGCCAAAUUACAAUGACAUCACUAACAGAGGAGGUGUCGUAAAUCCCGCAUUUACAAUUCAAGACGAAAGAUCAUCCAAAUCGUUCAAAGUGCCAGAGAUACAUGACAACAGUAACAAAUUAUAA